UGAAAAGAAAGGAAACUCCCUUCCAAGGUUAAGUUAGCCCGAAGAUCCCCCACACCAUCAUUAAGUUUAGCCUAGCAUAUACCCUCAAGCUAAGCUUUUUUUUCACCUUUUCCAGGGACUUAAUCCAUAUCCAGACCUUGCAGGAUGCACCUUUGCCUUUUGGUGUCGUGCGAAUUCAUCUUAGCAUUAUAUUUAUUGACCCCCAGUUAGGAAAUAAUUACACGGCUUGUUACUCUAUAGCAUCGGAUAUCCUACGUGGAGGCCGAGGAUCGACCUCACUAUUCCGACCGAAUUAAUAUGUCCGUACAAUUCUCUUUUUCGUUCUCCGGUGACGACAUAGAAGACGAUGGAGGGUCAAAUUCUAUGGCCACGGCCCCCAAUGUCAGCGCAGCCGUGCAACCACAGCCCGCAGCUAGUGCGUUUCCCGUGCAAGGAAAACCUCUAGUCCCCGCUACAAGUCAUGAUCUACAAUACAUGUUGUCUCAGCUGCCAUCCAAGAUCGCCUAUAGCAUUUUGGAUAUCGAUCUUGAUGGCAGUGGUACGACACAGCUACCUCGGCGGGAAUUAUGGGACGUCCGAGUUCAAUUAAUGGCCGAGGAUAGCGGGGGCGAUGCCGAGCCUGGACUAGGCAAUCACGACGUUAAGACCGGAGUCUACGAAGGAGGAUUCAAGUCCUGGGAGAGCAGUGUGGACCUCGUCAAGGUCCUCUCCCUUUCGAAAACUUUUCUUUCCGACAUGGAUAUUGUUCCAAGGUUAAUCGAACUUGGUUGCGGAACUGCGCUUCCCUCAUUGGCCCUCUUCCGAUGGAGCCUCAGUCUCCGAGCAUGCGACGGAGAUUCUGUCCUUUCUAUAGUCCUAGCCGACUAUAAUUCCACAGUCCUGCAGCUCGUAACGUUGCCCAACUUCAUCUUGUGCUGGGCUCUCCAUCAACGAGCAGAGUCACCGCUGCUGGAGGAAGCGCUAUCCUCCGAGGGAGAACUGGAACUAACACCGGAAGUUCUCAAGGCCUUCGAUGAAUACCUUCGGGCCCGAAGAAUUUCCCUCUCUUUCUUCUCUGGUGCAUGGUCACCUGAAUUUGUUGAUCUUGUUGGAUCCAAUACGACUUCUGGAAUAGAGGUUGGAUCCAAACGUCGAACGAUUAUACUUGGCGCGGAAACUAUUUAUUCCCCUUUCGCGCUUAGUGCAUUUACACAGACCAUAUUGUCUCUCAUGGAGCAGGAGAAGGCGCAAGGAAAUACUGCUGAAACCCUGGUUGGCGCUAAGAAGCUAUAUUUCGGCGUAGGUGGCUCGUUGGACGACUUCGUCACUAAAACCAGAGAAUUGGGUGCCAACGUCGAAGAGGUUCGGGAAGAGACUGAAGGUGUUCGUCGCGGUGUUGUCCGUUGCAGUCUCCCUUGAGGCACUUGCAUAAUAGGGUGUUUGCAGGGCGAUAUUGAAAUGCCAGGCGUUAUUCCCUGAGAUAAUUAGCCCCGCGCAAGUUUGGCAGUCGAAGUCACAGGAUAGGAUUCACGCUGACAAAAAUUUACCGUCCCAACACUGAAGAACGAUUGUCGGGGCUAACAGCAAAAUGCAAUCUGAAGAGCGAUAAAGGUUGACGCCAUCGUUUGGCUUUUUGGAACAUCCUGAUU